CAAUAGCCCGCUUCACCUUCCAACACAAUCUUUCAACCACAAUGUCUGCUCAAACAGUCCUAAUCACCGGAGGAGCUAGCCAAACCGGCCUCGCACUCGCCAAACUUGUCGAUUCCAACCCGAAAUACAAAGCCGUCUUCACCUCUCGCUCUGGGCGCGGCGUUCCCGAAGUUUACGAGUCUGUAAAGCUGGACUGGUACGACCCAUCAACCUAUGGGGAGUCCUUCAAGAACGGUCGCAUCGACACUGUCUACCUUCUUCCCCCACCAGCAGACGCCACAUCCGAGAAAGUGGUCAACCCUUUCAUCGAUGUUUGUAUUGAGAAAGGGGUGAAGCGUUUUAUUCUUCUCGCGGAUUGCAGUUGGUCCAUCAGCCGACCUUUGGAGGAAGCGCCAUUCCAAGGACUCGCCAAGAUCAACGUUCAUUUGGACCAAAGGAAGAAGGAGGGCAGGAUUGAAUACCUCGUGCUUCGACCUACUUGGUUCACAGAGAACUUUGGCCGUUUUCUGGUCUAUGGAAUCCGAGCUCGCGACGAGUUGAACACUCCUGUUCCAACUGGGAAGAUUCCGUUCGUCUCUGUCGACGACAUCGCCCAAGCAGGCUACGACGCUAUUGUCAGCGAGAAUCCGCUUGAAGAGACUGAGAAGGUCGUCAUUGGCCCCGACUUGCUGUCCUACCCCGAGGCUGCAUCAAUUAUCUCACAAGUUACAGGGCGCACCAUCACACAUCGGGGAAUUUCGAACCAAGAACAGGUCGAAAUCUACUCAAAGAUCGGAGUACCCUCCGAGCAUGCGAAGGCACUCGGAAUUAUCCACGCAAAGGCCGAAGAUGGCGCUGACGAACGGUGGUGGAAUGAAAGAGAAAAGGGCAACGUACACAUUGGGAAGGUUUCUGUGCGAGAGUGGGUUCAGGCGAACAAACAGCUUUUUGAGAAGGAUAGCUAG